AUGAACGUCGUUACUAAAAAUAAUGUUUGCAAUGUAUCAGAACAGAUGAGUAAUUGGGAUAAUUUGAAAUUAUCUAUUGAAGCUGCAAUAGAAAAGUUAAACCCAGGCAAUAUACGACAUACAAGAAAUAAAUUAUUGCAACUAAAUAUUGUACGUGGAAAGGGGUUAUUUUGUCAGGCUAUAAUAAACGCACAGUCGGCAUCACUCCACAGCACAAAUAUGUAUGCUACUUUGGUUUCCUUCAUUAAUCUCGAGUUUCCUAACGUUAUUGAACUGCUGUUGAUAAGGUGCAUUUAUAUGUUCACAAAUGCAUACAAAUUUAAAAAGGAGUACAAAUACAAACCACCAAUACUAUUUAUAAUUUUUAUGAUUAAUCACAAUGUUGCUAAAGACUGGUUGGCUCUUGAUAUUAUUAAAAAACUUAUAAAAUCACCGACCAAACACUCAUUGGAUAUGGUAGAAGUAAUUUUGAAAGUAUGUGGUACAAAAAUUAAUUCGAAUCCAGAGAAUAAACUAGACUUGAAAUAUACGUUUGAUACGCUGCAAAAUAUUUCGCAAGAUGAUCAAAUUGAUAAAUCGGUUCAAUGUUUGGCGGCAAGAAUUAUAUUGAUAACAUAUCGAGAUUAUUACGAAGACGAACAGCAGUUUGAUUUAGUAGAUCGUCGUAAACAAUACACUCAUUUAAUGACUUUAAAUUGUGAUUACGAUCCUCUUUAUGAACUAGAUUAUUUUAUAUAUGAUGUAGAUUUUAAAUCUAAUGAAAUUAUUUAUACAACUAAUAUCAAGCAAAUACUAAAAUUAAAACGUAAAGUUUGGUAUUUUGCUAAAUAUGAUUUUGACGAAAUGGCCGAUGAUGAAGAUGAACAUGAAUCAGAAGCAAAUAUGUUAUCAUUAAGCAGAAACAUAGCAAUAAAAAAAACCAUUAACAUAAUGGUAAAUUUAAACUUACCUCCACUUGAUAUUGCUCUUGAAAUAAUGCAAAUUAAAUUGAAACCUGGUCAAGAAAUGAAACUGUGCCAUGUAUAUUUGGAUUGCUGCUUUGAACAUAGUAUUAUAUACAAUGCAGUUUUUGGAAACAUAAUUCAAAGUUUAUGUCUCAUAAACGCUUCAAUUGUCGAAGCAUUAGAAACUUAUUUUAUGCAGUGCUACCCAACUAUCCACCAUUUCCACCCAUACAAAUUAGUAAACCUUGCUAAAUUGUUUGCUCAACUUUUAUAUUCUGAUUCGAUUUCUUGGAAAAUAUUUUCAACAGUACGACUGACUGAAAGUGAAACGACUUAUUCUAGUAGAGCAUAUUUAAAGAAUAUCUUUAAAGAUUUAAUUGUUUACAUGGGACGCGAUAGUUUGAAAGAACGUAUUCUGGACCCUUCUUUACAAAGAUCGUUUAGUGGAUUAUUUCCGUUUAAUAAUCACGGUAAUUAUCGACUUUGCGAUAUUUUUUUCACGGAUAUUGGUAUGGAAGACUUAAUUAUUCAAUAUAGAGAAUCUUAUCAAAGCGUACCUGUUUGAUUAUUGCGACUGACGACUUUUUGCCAUUGAUUGCGGUGACAGCAAUCCUAACAAUUAUACAUUAAGUACCUACAUAAUUAAGC